AAAAAAUCAGUUAUUAAUAGUUUGUUCGUGGGUUCAAUUUUGGCGGCGAUCCCUUAUCUUUCAUCUCCCAAAAUCUAAAUUUUUGUUCAAUCUUACCUCUAAUUCUCGCUGACUACCAUGACACUCAACUAAAAGUUGCUUUCUUUUCGAUCGUCAUCACAUCUUCAAUGGCAGAGACCAGACGCGUCGCUUUUGGCAAUCAACUCGAUAUCCAGCAGCUACUUGUAGAAGCUCAACAUCGAUGGCUUCGUCCGGCUGAAAUUUGUGAAAUUCUUAAAAAUUAUAAGAAGUUUCGCAUUGCUCCUGAACCACCUAACUUGCCUGGAAGUGGUUCACUUUUCCUUUUUGAUCGGAAGGUGCUUAGAUACUUUAGAAAAGAUGGCCAUAACUGGAGGAAGAAAAAGGAUGGGAAGACAGUAAAGGAGGCUCAUGAGAGACUCAAGGCUGGAAGUAUUGAUGUGUUGCAUUGCUAUUAUGCCCAUGGAGAAGAAAAUGAGGGUUUCCAAAGACGCAGUUACUGGAUGCUUGAAGAGGAACUCUCACACAUAGUUCUUGUCCACUAUCGAGAAGUAAAGGGAAAUAGGACAAAUUAUAACCGCAGUAAAGUGGCUGGAGAAACUCCUUAUUCCCAAGAUAUUGAAGAAACUAUACCCAGUUCUGAGAUAGAAGGUUCUAUGUCUUCCAGUUUCCAUCCCAACAAUUACCUUUUACCUUCACAAACUACAGACACAACAAGCCUUACCAGUGCUCAGGCAUCAGAAUAUGAAGAUGCAGAAUCAGUUUAUAAUAACCAAGCAAGUUCCAGAUUCCACUCUUCUCUCGAUUUACAGCACCCUGUAAUGGAGAAUAUAGAUGCUGGAUUUGCAGAUCCUUAUUACCCUAUACCAUUUACAAAUGAUUACCAAGGAAAGUUCUCAGAUGUUCCAGGGACAGAUUUUAGUUCACUUAGUCAAGCAGAUAAAAUUAAAGAUAUUAAUGAUGCUGGAUUAACAUGGGAGGAUGUCUUGGAGAAUUGUUCUUCUGGCAUUGGAUCACUGCCUUUUCACCCAUCGUUUUCAUCAACUCAAACUGACACCAUAGGAUAUAUUCCUAAACAAGAGCAUGAAAUACUGGGACAGCCUUUUACCAAAAAUUGGAACUUGGUUGAACGACAAGAGUUCGGGAGUCACUUACCGGCCCGGGAUUGGCAGAUAUCUGAGAAUGAUUCUUCUCUUUUAUCCAAGUGGCCCAUGGAUCAGAAGCUGGCUUCAGAUUCAGCUCAUAAUAUUACAUCAAGGUCUCCUGAGCAAGAUAUUGAGAAUGAUUGCCGAACAGAGCUGUCAAACACAGAUUGUGGACGUCUUUUGCAAUCAGAUCCAGAGAACAAUUCAACCAUACAGGGGAAAUCCCUCUUUUCCUCUUCAUUAAAACAGCAUUUGUUUGAUGGCUCUCUAACUGAGGAAGGUCUGAAGAAGGCUGAUAGUUUCAAUCGCUGGAUGAGUAAAGAACUUGGAGAUGUAAAAGAGUUGCAUAUGCAGUCCAGUUCCGGGGCCUACUGGGAAACAAUUGAAAAUGAAAAUGAAGUUGAGGAUUCCAACAUUUCCCCUUCCGUCUCCCAAGACCAGCUGUACAGUAUUAUCGACUUCUCACCCAACUGGGCAUAUGUGGGCUCAGAAAUCAAGGUCCUGAUCACAGGAAGAUUCUUGAUGAGUCAACAGGAGGCAGAAAAUAAUAAUUGGUCAUGUAUGUUUGGGGAAGUGGAAGUUCCAGCAGAAAUUUUAGCUGGUGGUGUACUUCGUUGCCAUACUCCUGCACAGAAGGCUGGGAGGGUUCCAUUUUAUGUUACAUGUUCUAAUAGGUUAGCAUGUAGUGAACUGCGAGAAUUUGAAUAUCAAGAAAACAAUGUUCGAGAUGUGGAUCUUGCUGAUAAUAGUGAUAGCAUCAAAAGUGAAAGUCUCCAUAUGCGAUUCGGAAAGUUAUUGUGUCUAAGUUCUAUAAGAACUCCAAAUUAUGAUCCUAGCAAACCAAAUGAAAUAUCUGAGUUGAGUGGUAAAAUUAGUUCAUUGCUGGAAAAAGACAAUGAUGAUGAUUGGGAUGAGAUGUUAAAACUUACGUCAGAGGAAAAUUUUCCAGUAGGAAAGGCCAAAGAGAAGCUUCUGCAGAAGCUUCUGAAGGAAAAGCUGCAUGUAUGGCUCUUGCAGAAGGUAGCUGAAGGUGGAAAAGGCCCUAGUGUUUUAGAUCAGGAAGGACAAGGUGUGCUACAUUUUGCAGCUGCUCUUGGCUAUGAUUGGGCCCUGGAACCAACAGUUGUUGCAGGUGUAAAUAUCAACUUCCGUGAUGUAAACGGAUGGACAGCACUUCAUUGGGCAGCAUCUUGUGGCAGAGAGCGUACAGUUGCCUCUCUCAUCUCUCUUGGUGCAGCUGCUGGAGCACUUUCUGAUCCAACUCCCAAAUAUCCUUCAGGCCAAACACCUGCUGACUUGGCUUCUGCCAUUGGACACAAAGGAAUUGCCGGUUAUCUUGCAGAAUCUGAUUUAUCUGAUUUGAGUUCUCACCUUUCAUGUAUUACAAUUAAUAAAAAGGAUGACAAAGCUUCUGAACCCAGUGGAGAAAAUCCAGUUCAGACAGUUUCUCUUCAGAGUGCUGCUCCUAUCACUGAUGAGAACUUACGAUAUGGAUUGUCGAUGAAGAACUCAUUAGCUGCUGUCUGUAAAGCGACUCAAGCAGCUGCUCGUAUUCAUCAAGUGUUUCGAGUGCAGUCAUUCCAGAAAAAGCAGUUGAAAGAGUAUGGGGAUGAUACUUUUGGAAUGUCAGACGAACGUGCUCUUUCACUUGUUGCAGUUAAGUCUCACAAGGCAGGACAUCAUGAUGAGCCAGUCCAUGCUGCUGCAAUAAGAAUACAAAAUAAGUUCCGGAGUUGGAAGGGUAGGAAAGAUUUCUUGACAAUUCGGCAGCAAAUUGUGAAAAUUCAGGCACAUGUUAGAGGCCACCAGGUAAGGAAAAACCAUAAGAAGAUAAUUUGGUCGGUAGGAAUUGUGGAGAAGAUUAUCUUGCGUUGGAGAAGGAAAGGAAGUGGUUUGCGUGGAUUUAAGUCAGAAUCACUAACAGAGAAUUCCAGCAUGACAGAUACUUCCACAAAGGAGGAUGAUGACUAUGAUUUCCUGAAAGAAGGCAGAAAGCAGAAAGAAGAAAGGUUGCAAAAGGCACUUGCCAGAGUGAAGUCCAUGAUUCAGUACCCUGAGGCAAGAGAUCAAUACAGUAGACUGCUGAAUGUUGUCAGUGAGAUACAAGAGACCAAGGCUACAUCUCUCAACAAAUCAGGAGUUUCAGUGGAUUUCGAGGACGACCUGAUCGAUAUUGAUGCAUUGUUAGAUGAUGACACUUUCAUGCCCACUGCUUGAGUUAACUAAAAUGUGGGUUCAAUCUAUCAAUGGGUUGUAAUAAAAUCCAUUGGUAAAUGUUGUAACUUGUCAAUUUACCUGAUUACACUACACCCCUGCAGCUGAAGCAUGACUCAUAAAUUGUAUCAAAAUGAGCUUUGAAUAUUAGACAUAGUUAUUUGUAUUGUAACAUUAAUAAAUACCCUUAAGACUGAAUGUUAAUUACUCUUAACAUCAA